UUCUAGAUCUGAAUCAAAGCUUCUCAGGUAUUUUUGUAAUACAAUGGAAUCUGAUUGUUACUCAGAUUCCAUGUUUUCUUCAAAAGAAUGAUGAUUUAUGAUUUUGUCAGUUAAUAGAUUUUUGUCUCCUUUAAAAGGAUAGAACUAAGAAAUAUCAAGAUUUAAAACCUAAAUACCUUGGAACACUCAGAAGAACAACAUGGCAGAAACUGAGAAAAGAAUUGAAACCCAUAGAAUAAGAUGUCUUUCCAAGCUGAAGAUGUUUCUUCUGGCAAUAACAUGUGCAUUUGUAUCCAAAACACUAUCUGGAUCUUAUAUGAAUUCCAUGCUCACACAAAUAGAGAGACAAUUCAACAUCCCUACAUUUCUAGUCGGAUUUAUUAACGGGAGCUUUGAGAUUGGAAAUCUUUUGUUGAUUAUAUUUGUGAGUUAUUUUGGAACCCAAUUACAUAGACCUAUACUGAUUGGUGUCGGAUGUGUGGUUAUGGGCGUAGGGUGUUUCUUACAAUCUCUACCUCAUUUCCUCAUGGACCGAUAUGAAUAUGAAUCUACAGUUUCAGUUUCAGGCAAUUUGUCCUCAAACAGUUUCUUGUGUAUGGAAAAUGGAACCCAGAUUUUCAGACCAACAGAAGAUCCAUCAGACUGUGUGAAAAAAGUUAAAUCAUUAAUGUGGGUAUAUGUACUAGUAGGAAAUAUCAUACGUGGGAUUGGUGAAACUCCCAUCAUGCCUUUGGGUAUUUCCUACAUAGAAGAUUUUGCCAAAUCUGAAAACUCUCCAUUAUAUAUUGGGUUUGUAGAAACAGGAGCUAUCAUUGGUCCUUUGAUUGGACUUUUGUUAGCAUCAUUCUGUGCAAAUGUUUAUGUUGACACUGGAUCUGUGAACACAGAUGAUCUGACCAUAACUCCCACUGAUACUCGUUGGGUUGGUGCAUGGUGGUUUGGCUUUUUGAUUUGUGCAGGAGUGAAUGUGCUCACUGCCAUUCCUUUUUUCUUUUUGCCCAAAACGCUUCCAAAGGAAGGACUAAAGAAUAAUGCAGACAUCAUUAAAAAUGACAAAAAAGAGAAACAAAGAGAAGAGGUCAAGAAGGAAAAGGAUGGAAUCACUAAAGAUUUUUUACCGUUCAUGAAAAGUCUUUUAUGCAACCCAAUUUACAUGCUUUUCAUACUAAUAAGCAUUGUACAGUUCAAUGCAUUUGUUAAUAUGUUCACCUUCAUGCCUAAAUAUCUGGAACAGCAAUAUGGAAAAUCAGCUUCAGAUGCAAUCUUUCUAAUCGGCAUUUAUAACUUGCCUCCAAUAUGCAUUGGAUAUAUAGCUGGUGGUUUAAUUAUGAAGAAGUUCAAGAUUACUGUCAAACAAGCUGCCCACAUAGGAUGUUGGUUAUCUUUAAUUGAAUAUCUUCUUCAUUUUUUGUGUUUUCUCAUGAUCUGUGAUAAUUCUUCAGUUGCUGGCAUAACUACCACUUAUAAAGGAAUGCAACAAGAUCUAUAUGUGGGAAAUACCAUCCUUGCUGAUUGUAACAGGGAUUGCAACUGUCCAACUAACACAUGGGACCCUGUGUGUGGAAACAAUGGUGUGUCAUAUAUGUCAGCUUGUCUUGCUGGCUGUGAGACAUCUGUUGGAACAGGAAUAAAUAUGGUGUUCCAAAAUUGUAGCUGCAUUCAAACAUCAGGAAAUUCAUCUGCAGUUCUUGGGCUGUGUGACAAAGGACAUGACUGUUCCAUGAUGCUCCAGUACUUUUUAAUCUUGUCAGCAAUUGGCAGUUUCAUUUAUUCUCUAUCUGCCAUACCUGGAUAUAUGGUUCUCCUAAGGUGUAUCAAGCCUGAAGAGAAGUCUCUUGGUGUGGGGUUACAUACAUUUUGCACAAGAGUAUUUGCUGGAAUUCCUGCACCUAUAUAUUUUGGAGCUUUAGCGGAUUCCACGUGUUUACAUUGGGGAAUUUUGAAAUGUGGUGAGUCAGGGGCAUGCAGGAUAUAUGAUUCUGCCUACUUCAGAUACAUCUACCUUGGCUUGCCCGCAGCUCUAAGAGGAACAAGCUAUAUUCCAGCCUUUUUAAUCCUAAUUAUUUUAAAGAAGCGUCUUCUACCUGGUGAAAAUGCCUGUUCAGGAACUGUGCUUGUAGAGGCAAAGUUUACAGGGAAGGAAAAUGAAUCCAAAGAUAUGAACCAAAAUUCCAAAGUUUUGAAUGAUGAUGAAUUGAAAACUAAACUGUAAUGCCCCAUUAUAUCAUGCUUCCCAGAGUUGGAGAAUACACUACAGCUUAAUUGUUUUUAAAAUCAAUAGGGAUACAGAGUGUAACUUUUUCUAAUCUUUAUGAACCUCAAAUUUUGGUGUUUGUUGUUGUUGUUUUUACGCUUUCUUGCGUAAAAAAAAAAGUUCAAUGAUGGUAUUUCUGAGGCAUCCAUGGCACUUGAGAUAUUUCUCAGAGAGACAUUUAUAAUAACCUUCAAACAGGAUAUUAGAGCCAGCUUUAUUUUUUUAUGUGAAAAUAGCAAUUUCUCUUUUAAGUCAUGUGAAAUGAGGGUAUAUUUCCCACAUCUCCUUUUCCAAAUGAUUCUAAAAAUUUCCUAUUAUAAAAAUCUACUUAAUUCCAUUGAAUUUCUGCUUUGAUAUUGGGGUGAUUUAGAGACUGAAAGUCUUAUCCUGCUUACGUGAAUAUUUAUUUUAUUCAAAUGUAUCACUCUUAUGUGAAAGAAGCCCACACCUUCUAAUUCUAGGAAUUGUUCUUUAACUUCUCCUAUUCCUUCCAGACAUGAUUAUUUUAAAAUAGAUUACUCAUUAAUAUGACGUACUUGCUCUCGAUUUAUUCCCAGCUUUAUUACUCAAGUCAUAUAUAUGCUCAUUUUGUCCAGAAUACUGAAAAACUGAGUC